UUCCAGUUGUGUUGUUUUGAGUUUCUCUUGCAAUCUUAAUCUGACCGAUUUCUUUCGAACUGAGGGGUCUUAGGGACUCAAAAGUCAACCACUAUGUCGAAGAAUAGAGGAUCGAUGGUCCAAAGACCGAUCACCGAGCAAAUCGAAGAGCUGAGGGCUAAAAUCCAGCUUCUUGAGGGAGACAGGAAGGCCUACUAUGAAAGUGCCAGUUGGACUAUGAAAAAGAACCGAGAAAAGAUUGGUGGACUACGGAAAGAAAAUAAAGAACUCCGUAAGAAGUUGAGUGACAAGCUUGCUGCUGAUGAUCAUGUUAUCAACAAGGCUUUUGAAGAUCGACCGGUGGAGAGAGCCUCCAUGACAAACAAAACUGGUCCGGAGGCCAUCGUGACCAUGGACCACAAGCUGUGUGACACCAAGAAGAAACUGAAUGCGCUGCGCCACGUGACAGCCACCAAACAGAAAAAGUUGGAGGAGUUACGCAUCCAGUAUGACCAGAUGAAGAAAGAUGCAUCUGAUGCUGUUGCUACAGAUUCGGGAGAAUCAGAAGAUGCGCAGAGGUUGCGUAACCUUGAGAACAAGCUGGACAAGGCCAAUCUGAAGUGUAACGAGGCAGAACACAUCCGGAGAACAUACGAGAACAUCAAGAGUAACAUGUUGAGGGAUCAAGAAAAUUAUGAAAAUACGCUGUCAGACAUGGAGAAGGAGAUCAUCCGUUGCCGCGGUGAGCUGAAGGAACUGAAAGCCAUGCAAGCAGACGCUGAAAUCUCCAAACAAUCUGCACAAGAGGAGUUGCAUAAGCACGAGGAGGUGGUCUACUCAGAGAGGAAGCAACGCGAGAUCGAGCUUCAGCGCAUGAAGAAGGAAGCGGAGGAGAAGAAGCUCCACCAGGAGAGGAUCGAGAAGAGAAUCGCUCAGCGUGGAUCCAUGCAGCAAGAUGAAUUGUCGCCACAAGAGAAGGCCGCCCUCAGUGGUGAGGAGCAAGCGCAGAAGAUCACAACGUACGAGGAGGCAUUCAGGAGAAUCAAGGAGGCUACUGGUGUAUCUGAUACACAGGAGGUAGUUGCGCGGUUUGAGAACCAAGGUGAUACGACGCGGCGUCUUGAGGAGUUGAAACGGGAGUGUGAGAAGCAGAUCCAGAGGUUGAGAGAGGAGAAGGAGAAACUGCAACAGGAAUACGAAGAGAUGAAGUAUUCUGGAGAAGCCAAGUUAUCAAGUGGUCAGCGAAUGUUGGAAGAAUUCGAAAAUCACUUAGCUGAAGAGGAAACAAGACAGAGAGAGGCGUCCGAGAAACUAGAGAAGUCUAGUCAGCUGUUGGUCAAGAUUAAAGCAGGAGUGGAGCAUUUGUCAGACAAGCUACAACACCUUAAAGCUAAUAAAGGACAGGUGCCCACUGCCAAAAUCUCACCGACAUCAGACGAGUAUGUGUUGGACUUGCUCUCCGUAUCUGAGGAAAAACUGCUGAAACUUCUAGAAGAACUGGAUGGCAAAAAUCUUGAGGAGAUCAUGACACAGAUGGAGGAGGAAGAGUUCCACGCUAGCAUAGAAGGCAAACUCCCAGCUUACAACACAAGAAUCAAACUACCACAGACACAACGAGACAAUGUUUAUGACGAAGAGGGCAUCUAUGAUGAAGACGAAAGUGGUGACGAUGAUCAGGAUGUGCCGACACGACAACAACUCAAACGUCAGGCGCAGCAGCUCGUCGACUCCAAGACCAAGAAGAAGACCACACGCAGGAAGAAGAAGGGAAAGUAAACCAAGGCAACUAGAGAAGGGGGGGGGGUAUUCGACAAAAUGUUCAAUUAAGUUAACCCUGGUGGAGCGGAGUGAACGCGGUGGAUAAAGGGACUGUAAAUCCGGAGAUGUCAUUUCAUUUUAAGGUUCUGUGAAAUCGCAACUUUGGUAUCAGUACCUUUAUCCACUAUGGGAAAGAGACUUAUAAAUUUUGCCGGGUAAGAACUGGAAGGCAUUGGCCAACAUUAGGAAAACUCCAUGCCUUCUUCAGAAGGCCUCGGCUUUGAUCUUGUUGAUUACAAAGAUGAGCAGUGUCAGCUCUAUGAAAGGGUCAUUUCAUUGAAUUCUCUUUGUUUGUAUUUUGGGAUGAUAUAGAUAAAGGAAUCUGAAUGCAUUAGCCAACCCAAACUUUCUUUCAUCUUGAGUCUAGACUUUAUACAUGUAGAAUAGGCAUGGGGUUAUCCUAAUGAAGCAGGGCUUCCCUUAAUCUUCGGAAAGGACCCUCCAAAAUUAUGUUGUACCCUUGAAAAUUCAAUUUGAUGAGGGUCUGGUGGAAGCCCUGUGAUGUUAUUCGAUAUCUCACGUGGAGGCGGAGUUUUUCGGUUUCGAUGAAAGCUUGGUGGUUGUGGCUGGAGGGGGUUUGGAUAUUUUUGUAGGGGUUGUACAUAAAUACAUGUACUACCAAUACAUGUAAGUUUUCUUUUGCUAAGAAACAUUUCUGAUUGCUGACCGUAUCAGUAGGCCUCCAAUUUUAAAUAUUUUUCGUGAAGACAGCAUUGGGAUUAUUUCGUUGUGAAAGUUUUUAUCACAGAGUGAGCCUUGUAAUUAUUAUUUGACAUACAAUAUACAAGGGUUCCACUUCUUGACCAGCACGUUGUCAAAAAGGAUCAUUUCUAGAUCUUGAUCAUCUAUUAUCGUUCCUCUCCUGCAGUGAAAUUGUCUCAGAAAAUGUCAAAAAUAUUUGCAAUGUUUUCGUCGGGAGGUGAAACCCUCAGCCACUCAAAUAAUUUAUGAAAACAAGUUAUCAAAACAAUUUGAUCUUUACAAUUAUUUUGCCGAUAGAUACUCCUAAUAUUAUAAUACGGCCUAAUAUUGCGUCCAAAUUUUGUAAUCCGUCCAGAAUUUUGUAAAAUGCUGAUUUUUAGUUGUGAUAUCAAGGUAUUGCACUAUCCACUUGUUUAUUCUGGUUAAGAGAUUUAAAUUAGGUGAAUUUCUUCCUCUUAAGAUGUUUUUAUGAAAUAAUCAUGUCGAUGAAAUCUCAACUGAAUACACUGUUAGCCUGUUAUGAAACUGACGUUAGGAUUUCCUUUUAUUGGAUGUCACGGUGCCCAAUCGUACAACCGUACCAUGGAGUAUGUUUCCGGCAGCAAAAGACUAGCCCAAGCUUUUCACAAACACAAGUGUUAUAGACACUACUUUCACCUCGGAAUAUCGCCGGUCACAAGAUUGGGCUGGUUUGGUGUCAAGGUACAGAAUAUCAAUUCCCCACGCAAUACGGUUGUACGAUUGGGUAUCAUGGUAUUGUACAUGUACGUAAAUAAACUAAAUAUCCCAUGUAACAUCUUUUUGUUAAGAAAAACCGAAAUCAA